AUGGGGCCGUGGGCCGUCCCGUGGAUGAUGCUCUGGCUCUUCUGCCUCCUGCCCUCUGCCAAGGCCCAGACAAAGAUCCCGCUGGAGACGGUGAAGUCUUGGGCAGAUGCCUUCGGUGGGGAGCUGUACUCCAUUGUGACUAGGUAUUCGGGCUCUCUCCUGUUGCAGAAGAAGUACAAAGAUGUGGAGCCAACUCUGAAGAUCAAAGAGGUGGAUGGCUUGGAGCUGGUGAAGAAGUUCUCAGAGCAAAUGGAGAGCAUGCUCCGCAGGAAGGUCGAAGCUGUUGAGAGGUUGGUGGAAGCAGCAGAAGAUGCAGAUCUGAACCACGAGUACAACUCCUCACUGGAGUUUGAUUACUAUAACUCUCUCCUGAUUAAUGAGAAGGAUGAAAAUGACAAUUAUGUGGAGCUUGGAGACGAAUUCAUUUUGGAGCCAAAUGAGCAUUUCAAUAACCUACUGGUGAACACGACAUACAGUGAUAUCCAGCUCCCCACCAAUGUCUACAACAAAGACCCUGACAUCCUGAACGGCGUUUACAUGUCAGAAGCCUUGAAUCCUAUUUUUGUGGACAACUUCGAAAGGGAUCCCACGCUGACCUGGCAGUACUUCGGCAGCUCCACUGGGUUCUUCAGGCUCUACCCAGGAAUAAAGUGGUUACCAGAUGAGAACGGAGUCAUCUCAUUCGACUGCAGGAAUCGUGGCUGGUACAUCCAAGCGGCCACCUCUCCCAAGGACAUUGUCAUCAUUGUGGACGUCAGUGGGAGCAUGAAGGGCCUGCGGAUGACCAUUGCUAAACAUACCAUCAUAACCAUUUUAGAUACUCUGGGAGAAAAUGACUUUGUCAACAUCAUUGCAUACAAUGAUUAUGUUCACUUUAUCGAGCCCUGUUUUAAGGGUAUCCUGGUCCAAGCAGACAGAGAUAACAGAGAGCACUUCAAGCAGCUGGUGGAUGAACUGCAGGCAAAAGGAGUGGGGACUGUGAACAAGGCCUUGACAGAGUCCUUCAAAAUCCUGAGGGAGAAAGGUGUGAAAGAUGGCUGUAUAUCUCUUCCACCCAACUUUCCUUUCCCAGUAACGCUGGUUGCAGCUUUCUCGCAGUGUGUUGUUCACUGUACGGUGGACCACGAUUGCCUCCUCUUUAGCAAAAUGGGACCUCAGUCCAAGGAGCAUACGCAAGAGAAUGAAAAUGAAAAUUGCUACAUCACACUGAUGAAACAGGCUUUGCUGAUUACAAUAGACAACCAGUAA